AUGCGUAGACAAGGACAGCCGGGUGAUGUGGAGGAGGAGUCGUGCAGCGAAGAUGAUGGGAGUUUCGGUUUGGGAGAAGGGAUUGGUGAAGAGGAUGAGGAGGGACGGGAUGAUCGCGAUACCGUGACAUAUGGUGGGGCGCUGAUCGAGGUGUUUGGAAGGGAUCCCGGAAUUGCCGGUGAUCGGGGUGGAGCUGAACGGAUGGAACAAAAUGGUGGGAGCGGAUUGGAAGGGAUGGGAGGUCAGCAAGGGUUGAGAGGGCAGCAGGGAAGGGGAAGACAGCCGGGGUUGGGAGGGCAGCAGGGGAUGGGAGGGCUGCAGGGGGUGGCAAGGCAGCAUGGGAGUAAUCUGCAGCAAGGGGGGGAAGGACAGGCGGGUGUGGGGGGCCAGCAUGGGAUGGGAGGGCAGCAUGGGAUGGGAGGGCAGCAGGGAAGGGGAAGACAGCCGGGCUUGGGAGGGCAGCAGGGGAUGGGAGGGCAGCAGGGGAGCGGAGGACAGGCGGGGUUGGGAGGGCAGCAGGGGAUGGGAGGGCUGCAGGGGAUGGCAAGGCAGCAUGGGAUGACACCACAGCAAGGGGGGGAAGGACAGGCGGGGUUGGGAGUGCAGCAUGUGAUGGGAGGGCAGCAGGGGAUGGGAGAGCAGCAGGGGCUGACAGGGCAACUGGGGAGCGGAGGACAGUCGGUAAUGCGAGGGCAGCAGGGGAUGGGAGGGCUGCAGGGGAUGGGAAGGCUGCAGGGGAUGGGCAGGCAGCACGGGUUGACAGGGCAGCAGGGGAGCGCAGGACAGGCGGGGUUGGGAGGGCAGCAGGGACUGGGAGGGCUGCAGGAUACAAGAGGCCAACUUGGGUCCCAAGAAGUGUAUGAAGGGCAUAAUGGGUACGCUCAAGCCCUUAACCAACGAUGGGGACGCGUGGGAAUGCCAAUGCACGGAAAUGUUGCAGGCCUGGCGCAUCGUUGGAGCCAUGUGGGCAUGCCAUUGCAACAGGAGGUUGAGGGGUCGGUGCCUGGUAUGCACAACAGGACGCCACGCCAACAGGGGGACAAGAACAGUAACAGCUCUGUGCAGUAG